AUGAAAUAUACGGAUAAAGUGAUGAUUCCAAAAGAAGAUCAUCCAGAUGGACAUUUUUUUGGUUUAAUUAUUGGACGAGGUAGUAAGACAUUUAAAAUGUUAGAAAAAGAGAAACUAAAUUUAAUAAAUGAAGCAGAAAAGAUUGUUACAAAUACAAUAAUAUUUACAAUUUUUAGUGGACCUGAUCAUUUAACAAUCGAUUGUAAAUUUCGUAAAAAACGAAAUAAUACUCAUAUUGAAUUAAAUCCUGAUGGAUCACUUACAAUUAAUGGAAAUAGACAAAAACAACAAAAACUUUAUUGUCAAAAUUUUUAUUUUUAUAUUUUUUGGUAUCAAUCAUUAAUCAAUGAAUUAAUGGAUGAUCAACGAAAUUUAAUGACUGGAUAUAAAACAACUGGACCUACGUUAGCUAUUAUAGAUGAAACAUCUUCAUCAAUAACAGAUAGUAAUACAACUAUUACAACACUUCGGAUUAAAUCGUUCAAUCAAUACGAACAGGAAUUAUGUGGAAUAUUUAAAUAUGUUCGUCAAGUUGAAUUAUAUGAUCAACGUCCUUUUCAACAUGAAUUUUUCCUUCGAAUUGCUAAAUUAUUUCCAUUGAUGGAAGAAUUAAUUAUGCAUAACGAACAACGACAAAUUAAUAAACAAUUUAGAAAAUCAAGACUUACUAAUCAUUAA